CGAACAGUUGUAAUAAAACGCGUGAGCUGCAAACAACAACCAACGACCGACCGAGAACAACCAGUCAAACGAUAUAAUAAUAAUGGCACGCGUGUGUUUUGCGAUAAAAUUAUCAAAAAGAAUAAUUAAUAAACCAGAUAAACAAAAAAACGUAUAAAUUAAAAAGGGUUAAACAAAUUUUGACUUUUUUUGUUAAACCGAGAUGCAGUUCAUUGUGUUUUUUAUGAGAAAUUUAAUUUUGAAUAUUUAUUUUUUGUGCUCUCCCAUUGUCAACUACUUUAAUAGUGAUUGUAACAGCCGAGAGUAAAAAUUGGGGGAGAAAUGAGGAAUAAAUAGUUUAUUUUAAGUUUAAAUAAAUUUUAAAUUAAAGAAAAAAUUGUUUUAAACAAGAAAGCAAGAAAAAUUUUACAAAAUAAUAUUUUGUAUUUCCUGUGUGUAUGUGAAAAUUACAAGCAAAUAUUAAGAAAAAGUGUUGUUUUUGUUGUAACCUUCAUUCUACUCAACUCUCUUUUUUUGUAAUUGUUCUCUUAUUUAUGCUCCUGUUCCUGUUGUUAUCAUUUAUUUUUGCAUAAGGAUUUUUAAAAUUUCGGUUUAAUUGUUAUUUAACAACUUCCGAAAUAUAUCAUCAUUACAAGGAUUAUUUAAUUUCAUCGUUAAGUAUAAAAAGGCAAAUACAAUUUUCCUCAUCCAUUUGUAAACGAAUAAUGAGAAACCAUCAUAAACUAAGAUUUCUAUAAGUAAAAAAAACAUAUUUUCACAAUAUUCUUUGAAUUUUUUUGUUGAUGAAUUUUUGAAACAAAAAUUUACGUUUAACGUAUUAUCAUCAUUUAAGAAAAAAAAAAAACGAAAAGAAAUUCCUACACAACACCUUCAUGCAAAUGAAAAAAAAAAUUAUAGAAAUUCAUUAGUUUUGACAUCGUUACAACAUUUUGGAGUUGUUUUCUUUUGAAGUGAAAAAAUUAAAUUAUUAUUUUGAUUUACGGAUAAAAAAGGAAUUAAUUUAAACACGACCCUACUUCCUACAAAAUGUUAAAGAAAUUUUUAACAAAAUGUUUUAAAACCAUUUGAAAACUAACAAAAUAUAUUCAUUUGGUGGUGGUGUUGGUUGGUAGUGGUGUUUAUUGUAUAAUAGUUACUAAAGAAUCUCUCAAAUCUCAAAUACAUUAAAACCACUUUAACAAAUUGCAAAAAAAAAGUAAAACUAUGGGAGCUAAUGUCUCACAACUAGAAAAGGAAAUUGGCUCGGAUUUAUUUCCACCCAAUGAACACUACUUUGGUUUGGUGAAUUUUGGCAACACCUGCUACAGUAACUCGGUGCUACAAGCAUUAUAUUUUUGCAAACCAUUUCGUGAAAAGGUCUUGGAAUACAAAGCCAAAAACAAAAGGCCUAAGGAGACUCUGCUGUCCUGUUUGGCCGAUUUGUUCUAUAAUAUAGCCACGCAAAAGAAAAAAGUUGGCUCUAUAGCGCCCAAAAAGUUUAUAGCGCGUUUACGUAAAGAAAAGGAAGAAUUUGACAAUUAUAUGCAACAAGAUGCUCAUGAGUUUUUGAAUUUUCUCAUCAAUCAUAUUAAUGAAAUUAUAUUGGCCGAAAGAAAUGCCAAUAAAAAUGGCUCUGCUGCUGGAACGGCAGCUAUUAAAUCAUCCUCCACUACAUCAACAUCUACCACUGCUUCAAAUUCCUCUACAAAUGGUACAUGUUCCCAGUCUACCGGCUCCAUUAAUGGCAUAGGUAUUGGCAUAACCGAUGCCACUACGCCCACACAAAAUAACAGCGCCAACACCGAGCCCACCUGGGUGCAUGAGAUAUUCCAGGGUACUUUAACCUCAGAGACUAGAUGCUUAAAUUGCGAAACGGUCAGCAGUAAAGAUGAACACUUCUUUGAUUUACAAGUUGAUGUGGAUCAGAAUACAUCCAUUACCCAUUGUUUGCGCUGCUUUAGCAACACCGAAACUUUAUGCUCAGACAACAAAUUCAAAUGCGAUAAUUGCUGCAGUUAUCAAGAGGCUCAAAAACGUAUGCGUGUCAAAAAAUUACCCAUGAUUUUGGCUCUGCACCUAAAACGUUUCAAAUACAUGGAACAAUUUAAUCGUCACAUUAAAGUAUCACACCGUGUUGUAUUCCCUCUGGAACUAAGACUUUUCAAUACCUCAGAUGAUGCUGUUAAUCCCGAUCGUCUGUAUGAUCUAAUGGCGGUAGUCAUCCACUGUGGUUCGGGUCCAAAUCGUGGUCAUUACAUUAGUAUUGUUAAAAGUCAUGGCCUAUGGUUGCUUUUCGAUGACGAUAUGGUGGAUAAGAUUGAGGCUUCGACUAUAGAAGAUUUCUAUGGUUUAACAUCGGAUAUACAAAAAUCAUCGGAAACUGGUUAUAUAUUAUUUUACCAAUCGAGAGAUUGCAAUAACUAACUAAAUGCGCUGAGUAUCAUAGAAAUCACGAUGUCUUAAUUUAGUUUACAAAACAUGGUUUUAUUUUAAAUAAAUAAUUUCAAAUUUAUUAUAGUAAAACAAAAAUACAUACAUAUUAUUAAUAA